AUGUCGGAAACUACCCGCCACACCUGGGCAGAAGCACAACGUACUGACCCUGACACCUCCACCAUUUACCGCCACUUGAUGAACAACCUCAAUAAACCCCUGGAAGCCGACAUGCGAGGAUCCAGCCAUAACGCAUGCAUCCUACUACACCAGUGGCCACACCUCCUGUUGGACAAUGACAUUUUGUUCCUGCGGGAUUCCGCGUCCCAACGUCUUCGCCCCGUGGUACCCGGGUGCCUCGUCGAAUCCGUUCUGGCCGACCUUCACGCCGAGCUGGGUCACUGUGGACAGAAACGCACUGAACUAGCCGCACACGCGAGGUUCUGGUGGCCGCAACUCCGAGCGUCCAUCUACCACUUCCGCCAGUCCUGUGAUACAUGCGCAUCCUUAGUCCCCAAAAAAGACGGUUCCCUCCGUCUCUGCACAGACUAUCGCCGCCUGAAUGCCGUCACUGUCCGUGACUCAUUUCCCUUGCCGCGUCUCGACGACACCCUAGACAGCCUUGGCGGAGCAGCCUGGUUCUCGACCCUGGACCUUAAGUCAGGCUAUUGGCAGGUCGAGAUCGAUCCCAAAGACCGCAUUUAUCGUUCCACAAGGGCUGUUCGAAUUCCAGACGCUUCCUUUCGGACUAUGUAA